AUGAACAUUUAUCACAGUAUGAAACCACUUCUUACAUCUAGGUCUCUUCCUAGACUGUACACGCUUAUCUCGCCACGUAUUUUUGGCUCAAAAUUUUAUUCAGAAAUAGCCAGUUGUAAAAAAACGAGGGAUCCUAUUACUAUCAAGAAUGAUAACGGAAGGAUACCUUGGAAGGAACUAUCAUUGAAAGAGAGAGUAGCUAGAAGUUCUAAGCAAACAUUCAACUUUAGCAUUAUUGUCCUUGGUGCAACAUUGAGCGCUGCGGUUUCUUACAUCUUGUAUACAGAGGUCUUUUCUCCUGAUAGUCCGACUAGCCAUUUUAACCAGGCCUUUGGCCGAGUCAUCAACGACCCUCGAUGUAUUAAACUCUUGGGCGAGCCUGGAGAAAUCUCUGCUUAUGGUGAAAAAAUUCAUAAUUCAAGGCGAAGAUCACAGCCAUUUGUAUCUACCUUGAGAACCGAUGAACACAGAGUCAAUCACCUUCUCUUCCACUUUACUGUUAAGGGUCCAAAAGCAAGUGGAAUUGUCUAUGUACACAUGAUAAAACGGCCUUCCGAGAAAAAAUUCGACUACAAAUAUUUGGCACUUGAUGUUGCGGGUAAAAAUAGAAUUUAUCUCGAAGAUUCAGACGAGAAGCUAAAAGGUCCGGCGACCAAGGUCUUUAAGCUAUUCGGAGUAACUUGGCGCUGA